AGUGAUUUUUCGGCUGAAGAAGAUUACGUGAUUGAAUUCAAAGUGGAGCACAUUUUUCUUCCAUGCGAAACGCAAUGGUUAAAAAUACGAGAUGGUUCCUCUUUAUCCGACAAUCUCUUAGAAGAUUUAAGAGGGUACCCAAAUCCGACACCCAGCGUUGUAAACUCGACCGGUCCAAACCUCCUAUUAGAAUUCUUUGGAAACGAAGAUUACAGCACGCAAAGUUGUGGUGGAGGAUUCGUCGCGCAAGCUGCCCAAAAAUUAAAACCUCUACGAAACCACUCUUUACCAAUCGCCCAAGAAAUGGGCGUCCUCACUUUAUCAGCUAAAUUAACUGCAAUUCACAUCGCGAUAAUUUUCUUCUUGGGCGGCCUUUUGAUUGCAACGCUUCUUUUAGGAGCUCAAUACAUUUUUAAAUAUCGAAAAUAUCAUAUUGCUAAAGCUGAAGAUCAGGAUUCUUUGACGGAUUCGACGGGUUCUUGUGCUGCUUUAACGGUGAAAAAUCGAGCGAUAUCGAAUUCUACGUUGUUGACGGAAGUUAUUUCUUUGACUCGAUUAAGACCUAGUGUUAGAUCUAGGAAUAAACAUAGUCGGUUAAGGGAAUCUGUCGAACAUGAACCCGAAGAAAGAGAAGCAACGUUAGCGAAAGAAGAAGAUAGUUUGAGUGAUAGUUCCCAAACCUUAACCCAAGGCGAAACGGUAACAACAGCGAUUGUAGCUGCUCCUAGUAGUAGCGAAAUAGUGACUUUACCGUGCUCAUCAUCAACAGAAACCACAACGGAUUUGAGAAAAUCAUGUUUAAGCGGUGAUUCGGGAAAAGACGAAGACGAAGUUUCGAUGAUUGGCGAGAAAGAAGAAACCAGGAUUAGCACUGCCACUUUAACGAAAGUGAGGAUAACCGCUAAUAGUAGACGUUCCAGAAGUGAUCCGGGUUAUUACUCACCAGCCAGUCAAAUAAGUACAGCAACAAUUCGUACGACAAACAUAAAAGAAAAUAAAGAAAAAAAGAAUCGCCAAAAACUUUUAGCCGGCCCCACUGGUUCUGAAUUUUCUUUGGCUGUAAACGAUUUAGAGCUCGAUUAUUACGAUUACAACGUCGUAAAUGCGGGCGCAGCUCCAGGUUCUUAUUUAGGAAUGGAUCCAGCAUUUUUAGUUUGGAUUCCUCCAUUAGAUGAAACGGGAGAGAUUCUUCCCGGCGAUUUAAAACCCAAAGAAUUCGUCGAUCCAGGAAGUAACACUGAAACACCCGAAGAUGAAAACGAAAUAAUCCCAAAAAUUCGCUCGUUUAGUAUUAGUGAAGGGAACAAAUUAAAUUCGCCGGUUUUAAAUAAAUUACCGAAAAGGAUUUAUCCUUUGGUUGAUAUAAAAUCGAUUUCUAACGAUAGUAUUUGUUUCGAUCGAGCUCCCAUUACGAAAACGGACGCGAAAGUUGUUGCAAUUCAAUUGCAUGAAUUUACUAAGAUUAAAUUGGGAUCCCCUGUAAAAGUUCAUAAAGAAAAAGAGACGAAAGUGGAGAAAUCGCCGAGUUUGGAUGAAAUUAAAUUCGCUGAUGAUGAUGAUGACGUGGAGAAGUCGUAUCAAGAUUCAAAUUUAUUUAGUUAGGCGUUUUUAAAUGUUGAGAAUCAAAAAAAUUUAACUCAGGAUGUUAAAGGGAAAGACUGAAAUGAUCAAAAAGAAAAUGUUGAGGGUAAAAAAUGGUGUGGAAUAAUUUUAGCGAAAAUUCUAGUCGCGUAAGCUUCAUUUUAUUCUAAUUUUAUCCAGUGCAAUAUGUACAUAGUUUAAUUACUACCUUAAUAAAGGUGGUUAAUUUAUCCGAUGUACUUAAUAAAUUAAAUUAAAUAAAAUAAAAUAAACCGACUGAUUGUAGAUAUCUUAACGAUUUAAUUAAAUAAUUGUGCUUGCCGA